AACGACACCGGUUAAAUCAUCUGCGCUGAAUACGUCCUCUCUGUUCUUAUCCAAUUACACACAGCUUCUCCUCCUCCAGUCCUCCUCCUUCACCAGUCACCGCCACUGUGCUAAGCUACGUCUACACUGCAAAUAUUGAACAAUUGAAAGGUGCAUCUCUUCUUUUCUAAUGGAUUCCAUUAAUGGGUUAGUUCUGUUAUCCAACAAUCUUUCCUCUUCGCGGCAAUAGAGCCAAAGUUAAAUUAAAAACCUUUUUGCUUUUCAGAGUUUGUUUUGGCUUUGUAAUUAUUUUCCUUAAAACAUAGAACAAAUAUAAGAAAGAAAAGUAUGGAAGGGUUAUUAAACCCUUUUCCUUGUAGAAGUUGCUUAAAGGCCUCCAUUUUUAAUCCUAAUACACUUCAUAAUCUUCAAUUAAUGAAAUUAAGAACUGGGUUUCUUCAUAGAAAUCUCAAACUUGGUUUUAGACCCAUAAAGUGUGUGAGUUUGAGUAAAGAUGAUUCUGUUGGUGCUAGAAAUGUUGUGGGUGGUGAUUCUGAUAAGGAAGUAGAGGAUUGGGAAUUGGAAUUUCUUGGGGAGCUUGACCCUUUGGGUUUUCAAGCACCGAAGAAGAAAAAACCAAAAAAGUCAAAAUUGCUUGUAGAUACUGAUGGGAUGGAUUGGUGUUUGAGAGCAAGGAAGGUUGCUCUGAAGUCAAUUGAGGCACGAGGGUUGAGUCAGAGGAUGGAAGAUUUGGUUAAUGUGAAGAAGAAAAAGAAAAAGAAUAAGAAUAAGAAAAAAAUGGUUAGCAAAGGUAAGAUUAGCAAGGAAAAUAAGGAUUUAGAAGAUGAUUCUGAUUUUGAUCUGGCGGAGGAUGUUGAAUUUGAAAAUAUAAUGGACUUGCCUGGUGAUAAUACUAAUGAUCUUAGAAGUAAAGUGAGUUCAAUGGCAGGUGGUAUGUUUCAAGAAAAGAAGGAAAAGACCAUGGAAGAGUUUCUUGAGAGGUUGUCACAAUUUUCGGGGCCUUCUGAUAGAAAAAAAGAGGUUAAUUUGAAUAGAGAAAUUGUUGAAGCACAAACUGCAGAGGAAGUUUUGGAGGUUACUGCUGAGAUGAUUAUGGCCGUUGGAAAAGGGUUGAGCCCUUCUCCUCUGUCUCCUUUGAAUAUUGCCACUGCGCUUCAUCGAAUUGCUAAGAACAUGGAGAAGGUUUCUAUGAUGAGAACUCGCAGGCUGGCAUUUGCACGUCAGAAAGAGAUGUCGAUGUUAGUGGGUAUUGCAAUGACAGCGUUGCCAGAAUGCUCAGGUCAAGGUAUCUCGAAUAUAUCAUGGGCAUUGUCUAAGAUAGGAGGUGAGCUGCUUUACUUGUCAGAAAUGGAUAGAGUUGCAGAGGUGGCAUUGACCAAGGUUAAUGAGUUCAAUUCUCAGAAUGUUGCUAAUGUUGCCGGUGCUUUUGCUUCAAUGCAGCACUCUGCUCCUGAGCUUUUUUCAGCAUUAUCAAAAAGAGCAUCGGAUAUAGUUCACACUUUCCAAGAGCAGGAGCUUGCUCAGGUUUUGUGGGCAUUUGCUUCUCUAUAUGAGCAAGCUGACUCCUUGCUGAAUUCUUUGGAUAAUGCUUUCCAGCAUUCAAACCAGUUUGAAUGCAGCUUAAAGGUCAAAACGUCAACCUCUGAUGUGGAUGGCAGUGUGGAAGGCAUUCGAGAUCUAAAUAAGGUUUCAGGCCCUCCACUUCUCAGAUUUAAUAGGGAUCAGCUUGGGAAUAUAGCUUGGUCAUAUGCUGUUUUUGGAGAAUUGAACAGGCCUUUCUUUUCUAAUGUUUGGAAAACUCUGAAUCAUUUUGAAGAGCAAAGGAUUUCAGAGCAGUACAGAGAGGAUAUAAUGUUUGCUUCUCAGGUUCAUCUUGUAGAUCAAUGCUUGAAACUUGAGUACCCACAUCUCCAGUUGGCUCUUGGGGCUGAUCUAAGGGAGAAAAUUGCACGUGCUGGUAAAACUAAAAGGUUUAAUCAGAAAGUAACCUCAUCAUUUCAGAAGGAAGUUGCACGCCUUCUUGUGAGCACUGGCCUUGAUUGGGUGAGAGAAUACGUUGUGGACGGCUAUACUCUGGAUGCCGUUGUUGUUGAUAAAAAGAUUGCUUUGGAGAUUGAUGGACCAUCUCAUUUCUCUAGGAAUACCGGAGUACCCUUAGGGCAUGCCAUGCUAAAGAGGAGGUAUGUUUCUGCUGCUGGUUGGAAGUUGGUGUCACUAUCUCAUCAAGAGUGGGAGGAGCUUCAAGGUGGUUUUGAGCAGCUCGACUACCUACGAGCAAUUCUCGAAGUUCAUCUAGGAGAUAGCAAUAGCAGCAGUUGAUAGUCACUUAGAGAGAAAGUAGAGUGAGAAGGGGAUAGAAACAUUGCAUUAAGGAAUGAGUAGAUGAAGAAGUCUGAGAGGGACACAUCCUACUUCAGAAAUGCUUCAAUGGGCACGAGAAUUUAUCUGCUGAAAUAUCAACUGUUAUAUGGUUUAUUAGCAUUAGUACCCUGAACAUUGGGUCUUGUUGUGCACUCUGUUUUUGGUAUUGUUGCAAUCGCACUUUAAAAUACAGCUUAGAGAUUAGUUGCACCCUAAAAUCCAAUGAGGGGCCAACUGUAGGUUAACCCAAGCUGAGGUAAUGCUGAUCGUGCCUUCUCUCUGCACAUUGAUUUGAGUUCCCACAAAUUAUAAUUAAGCGCGUGCAUAUUACAAUA